UGUGAGAGAGAGGACCUGAGUUCAGAGUGAGUCUGAAGUCUGACAACAACAAGUGUGAGAAGGAUCGCUCCGUGAUGACUGCUGCUCACUCACUCUAACACACACACACACACACAAACACACAAACACACACACACACCGAUCCCCAGGCUGCUCUGCGGGCGUGGCGCGUGCGUAAUUAGCUGAUUCGGAUCACCCGGUUGAACCUGUAGGGGAACCUGGCUGCACGUCGCCAGGUGGACGGCGACAAAAAGGAGCUUCACCUGUUCUGAAACUUCACCUGACACCAUGUACAGCAUGAUGGAGCACGAGCUCAAGCCCACCGGGCAGCCCCCCUCCCACCAGACCGCGCAGGGCCUGUCUCCGGUCACCGGGAACAUCACCGGCAUGGGAGGCAACGGCCACUCUCACCCGGGCUCCAAGACCGCGUGCGCACCCGGAGUGGACCCCAUGGAUAAGGUGAAGCGGCCCAUGAACGCCUUCAUGGUGUGGUCCCGGGGCCAGCGGCGCAAGAUGGCGCAAGAAAACCCCAAAAUGCACAACUCAGAGAUCAGCAAGAGGCUCGGCGCGGAGUGGAAGCUGCUCACGGACGCGGAGAAACGGCCGUUCAUCGACGAGGCCAAGCGGCUCCGCGCCGUGCACAUGAAGGAGUACCCCGACUACAAGUACAAGCCGCGCCGCAAGACCAAGCCGCUCCUGAAGAAGGACGCGCAGGUGGGGAAGUACCCGCUGUCCGCCGGGAACCUGCUGGCGGCUGCGGCGGCGCAGGGGCAGGGGGGCAGCCCCAGGAUGGAGAGCUACGGCUGGGGUCCCACUGGUGGAUACGCUGGCAUGCAGGGCGAGGCGCUGGGCUACACGCAGCAGCUGCACCGGUACGACCUGUCCGCCCUGCAGUACCCCCCCGCCAUGACCGCAGCACAGUCCUACAUGAACGGAGCCAACUCCUACAGCCCGAUGUCGUACAGCGGAAGCCCCCAGCAGAGCCCCGUUAUGUCCAUGGUGAAGGCAGAACCCGUGUCCCACUCACCUCCUACCGGGAACCCGAACCACCACCGGGGACCCCUGCAGGGGGACCUGAGGGACAUGAUUAGCAUGUACAUCCCCGGACCAGGGGGGGAGGCCGGGGACCCCUCUGCCGCACAGAGGGGCUACACCAGCGUGCAGCAGCAUUACCUCACCGGGACCGUCCCACUCACGCACAUCUGAGACUGAAACAGGAAGGGGCGGAGCCGGAGGAGCUCAAAAUGCACAGCUGGAUGGCAAGAGGCGGAGUCAGAAGAUUGAUUUAGGAGUCUCACAGAAACAGGUGUUCCUGCAACGUGACGAUGAAAGUUUGAUUUCUUUUAAAAGCUGUUAUGGGUUCAAACUGCCUUCAUGUACAGAGCUAAGGCUCCGCCCCCUCCGCCCUCCUGCAGACUUCUCUCCAUGAAGGACAGCGCUGAUGACACGUCUGUUUAUUUUGUACAUACAAGUCUUUUUUCCUUUUUUAUAUCUUUAGAGCUUAUCCUUCAUAAGUCCUUCCACACUCGUCCCUCUCAUGAUCCAGGCCGAGCCAGUCUGCGGUCUGAAGCCCGACCCGACAGUCUGGAGGACGGAUCAGUCUCUGAGAGUGGGGAGGAAAAGCACAAGUCGAACGUUCUGUGCCUUGGCUUUGGUUGAGUCGUCUGCAUGUUCGGUUGUACCUGCUGGAUGAACACCUGUCAGACAAUCAGCUGCAUCCACAGGACGCCGACGGAGCGCGCGGCCCGUUUUCUUCUCUAUUAUUAGUUUUAGAUUUCGACCUUUUGUUGUACAUGAUUUGCUCUGGCAGUCAUGAGGUUUCUUUUUUUUAGGCUUUUAAUAUGAAAUGUUACAUUUCAGCUGAGUUUUAAUCUCCACACCGCAGAUUCAGAAAGUCUUCCUUCCAGUAAACGUUUCUGUGUUUGACUUCCUGUUUGUGUGUUGACCUGCAGGAAAUGGGAAUCUUUACACCUCCAUCUUGUUUUAAAUGUUUGUAAUCACGUCCUUCUGUACUUUUUAAUCCUGUGUGUCUCAGACUGACAGAUCUGUUGUUAGUGCUGCUAUGGACCUAUACAAACCAGAAUAAUAAACCACUUUCAGACGGGCUGCCGAGAGGAUUCUGUAUUUUUAAACCUGGCUUAUGGUUUUAGAUAUUUCUGUUACUCAAAGUUCAGUAUAUUUCAGAAUCACUCCAACAGAUUACUUCAGAUUUCAGCAGCAGGUAAACAGUCUGCAGACGUUACAGUCUGUUUACCUGCUGCAGACGAGAUAUCUAAAACAAAGCCGAGGUUUGAUGUCACCUGAGUUCCUCUUGACCUUUUUGAAGCAUUUUUUUUCUACUAACCAAAUGUGGAAACAGUCUUUAUGAAAAAGGGAGUUUUGUUUUUUAAUGAAAGUAAUGUGUGAAUGUUUACACGAAGAACUAAAACUUUUAUACUGACUUUUGUAUCUCUAUUUUUAGAAUGAAUUGUGUGUAAAUGCUGCCGUGUAGAGUUACUGUGUGUAGCAUCAUGUAAAUAAUGUACACAUUUUUAAGGCUCUUAUAAUAAGAGUCUCUCUUUGAUUAAAAAAAAAAUCUUUGUUAUGGGAUUCAUGACAACAUUAAUAAAAAGUACAAAGCC